AUGACCAAAUAUGGCAUAUACGAGGUUACAAGCGGUCACCCAAGAUAUAACACAGGUCAAUAUACUAUAAGAGGAGUUCCUGAAAGUUAUGCAGUGUUAGGUGAAAAUUAUAGAUUACAAUGUAAUGUUACAGAUUCACCUUCUGGAGUAGAGUUCCGUAGAAACAAUGUUGCUGUAUGUAAUAUGAUAAACUGUGAGAGUAGUUCAACAGAUAAUAGAUAUAAAUGUGGAUGUAUAAAUGAUAACAACAAAACACUAUAUCUCAAUAUAAGUAAUAUAAAUAAACAAGAUGAUACAACAUGGUCUUGUAGGGGUAAUUCUGGUGGACAGGGAUCAGCUACUGUACCAGUUUAUUGUAAGUUUGAUUUAUCUCCUAACUAUUUAUUGCCUUAUUUCUUUAACUAA